CAAUCAUCUAAGCGCAAGCUGCAAAUGGAGGAAGGUUCAAAAAAAGAAGGAAAAACAGAAAAUAGACCUACUGUUAGUUUGUUGUUUAAAAUGUUUAAUGAUCGGCCUAAUGCACCCCUAUCAACGGUGUGAAGCGCGAGAGACUAACCCAGAUUGAGAAAUUUGAAGAAGCUCGGCAAGCUCCUCUGAGUCAAUCUACACAAAGCAUACAAAGUUUCCCAGGUUAUAUCUGUUCCUCUUUUGUCCGUUAACUUAGUACAAAUGCACUCUGGUUCCAUUUCUUAUCCUAGAAUUCGAGAAAUCCUAGCUCGGCCUUGUAAAUGUUUUGGUUUCUUUCAGUUUCAUACAUGUUUUUAUUGUAGUAAGGUUGCGUUUGUUGCAAAAAAGGCUUCUUGUGAGCCCACAAGCAGGUUUUAUGAUUACCCAUUUGCUUAUACUAGAUUUAAUGCAUAUUUCUCAUCGUUUUCUGUAAGGAAUUUCAAUUCUGGUUCUCAUUUUUUGAGUAAUUCUAGUGUCCAAUUUAUGGGAAGAGAUAAUUUUGAUGAUGGAAAUGGUGAUUAUGCUAAAUUUAGAGACAUGGGUGUCCGGGAUUCUGGGGAGUUAUGUUUAUUUGAUGAUCAUAAUGGUGGGCGUCAAAAGAACCGAAACCUGAAAUUUGGUGACUUUGAUGAGGUUGAAGAGGAGGAAGAAGAAGGAGAGGAAGGACGGGAUUGUAGAGAUAUUGAUGAUAAUUUUAUGAUAUUGAAUUCGUGUAAUGGACAUCGCGUGCAAAGAGAGGAUGUUUGGAGAGUUGAGUUGGAGGAAGAUGAAUUUAGGCACCCUUUGGUGAGAGAGAUUUGUAGAUUGAUUCAGCUUAGGUCAGCUUGGAAUGCAAAGCUUGAAAGUGAUUUGAGAUACCUGCUAAGAAGUCUCAAACCUCGUCAAGUUUGCGCUGUUUUGCUUUCUCAGGUUGAUGAACGUGUUGCUUUGGAGUUCUUUUAUUGGGCUGAUCGACAAUGGCGGUACCGUCACAACCUGAUUGUCUAUUAUAUAAUGCUUGAGAUCCUUAGUAAAACUAAAUUGUGUCAAGGUGCUAAACGGGUUCUUCGGCUCAUGGCACGUAGGGGAAUUGAGUGUCAGCCUGAAGCAUUUAGUUAUUUGAUGGUAUCAUAUAGUAGGGCUGGCAAGUUGAGGGAUGCAAUGAAAGUAUUGACCUUAAUGCAAAAGGCUGGAGUGGAGCUGAAUUUGUCAGUAUGUAAUACUGCAAUUCAUGUUUUGGUGAUGGCAAAUAGGAUGGAAAAGGCCCUGAGAUUCUUCCAACGAAUGCAACUUGUUGGCAUUACACCUAAUGUUGUUACUUAUAACUGUUUGAUCAAGGGAUAUUGUAACAUGUAUCAGGUUGAAGAUGCACUGCUGUUGAUUGCUGAAAUGCCAUCUAAGAACUGUUCCCCAGAUAAAGUUAGUUAUUAUACCAUAAUGAGUUUCCUUUGCAAAGAAAAACAGGUAAAAGAAGUGAGGGACUUAAUGGAGAAGAUGUCAAAAGACAGUAAUCUUUUUCCAGACCAGGUUACUUAUAACACUCUUAUCCAUAUGCUGUCCAAGCAUGGUCAUGCAGAUGAGGCUCUUGAAUUUUUAAGGGAAGCUGAAGGGAGAGGAUUUCGAAUUGAUAAGGUUGGGCAUAGUGCAAUUGUUCACUCGUAUUGUAAACAGGGAAGGAUAGAUGAAGCAAAAAGUAUUGUGAAUGAAAUGUUGUCCAAAGGUUGCAGUCCUGAUGUGGUGACUUAUACUGCUGUUGUUGAUGGUUUCUGUCGGAUUGGGAAGCUGGACCAAGCUGAAAAGAUGCUUCAGCAAAUGUACAAACAUGGCUGCAAGCCCAACACUGUAUCAUAUACAGCUUUGUUAACUGGGCUUUGUCGGAAGGGGAACUCAUUAAGGGCAAGAGAGAUGAUGAAUGUUAGUGAGGAAGAGUGGUGGACCCCAAAUGCCAUCAGUUAUAGUGUUGUGAUGCAUGGGCUGCGUAAGGAAGGAAAAUUGUCUGAGGCAUGUCACGUGGUUAGGGAGAUGGUUAGCAAGGGCUUUUUCCCAGGCCCAGUUGAAAUUAACUUGUUAAUUCAGUCACUUUGUCAAGAGGGGAAAAUGGAUGAGGCUAAAAAGUUUUUGGAGGAAUGUCUGAAUAAAGGGUGUGCUGUUAAUGUUGUAAACUUUACUACUCUUAUUCAUGGAUAUUGUCGAAAGGAUGACUUGGAGGCUGCUUUGUCUUUGCUUGAUGAUAUGUAUCUAAGCAACAAACAUCCUGAUGCAGUCACUUAUACAACAGUAAUUGAUGCACUUGGAAAGAAUGGUAGAAUAGAAGAGGCAACUGAUCUUACCAUGAAGAUGCUAAAGAAAGGGUUGGUUCCAACACCUGUUACAUACAGAACAGUUAUUCACAGAUAUUGCCAAAUGGGUAGGGUGGAAGAUCUGUUGAAAUUAUUGGACAAAAUGCUUUCAAGGCAGAAGUGCAAAACAGCAUAUAAUCAAGUUAUCGAAAAGCUUUGUAGUUUUGGAAACCUUGAGGAGGCUGAUAAACUGUUGGGUAGGAUUUUGAAAACAGCUUCCAGAACUGAUGCUAAAACCUGUACCAUGCUUAUGGAAAGUUAUUUGAGCAAAGAGAUGCCUCUAUCAGCAUAUAAAGUUGCUUGUCGUAUGUUUAACAGAAAUCUGAUUCCUGAUCUGAAAUUAUCUGAGAAGGUGAUUGAGCAACUCAUGUUAGAAGGAAAAUCUGCAGAGGCAGAUAAUCUCAUGCUACGGUUUGUUGAGCAUGGAUGCCAUUCACCUCGGUUUGAAUAACAUUUGCAUAAUUAUGUUGUUCAGUAUCAGACUACUGCAGAUAUGGUUCUGAUGACAUAUUUUAAAUUCUCUGAUGCUGGGAACUUUCUCUUUGAAGUUCAAUGGCUUAGAAACGUUAAUUCUUGGUCAAACAUGAUUAAUUUGGAGAUAGAUCCUCAGUUACUGAUUGACACCAUAAUGGGACAGGACUAUGGAUCUGCAAUCAACAGUUGGUAUAUGGAGAAUAAUUCCUGAUAGAAACUGAGGAUAUCGUGAAUUGAAAUAGAGCUAGAUAGGUUAAAACAAGUUGCAUGAAGAUAGAGGCAACUGGUCAUAUCUGAAAUGACAGCAGAACGCUCUGGAAAAUUCAGAGCAAAUCCUGAUAUUCAGAUGUUCAUGCAAAUCCUGCUGGAUCAGCUCUGGGACGAAUGUGAACCAGUGAAAUUCGUGGCCAUAAGAUCUGGUCUAAGAAUUUGUUGAUUGUAAAGCACUUGGAGCUUCUCAUGAGGGAUUCAGGAUUACAACUGGCCAACAACAUUUAAGAGAUUGAGGAGGAUUUGAUUUUGAAGAGACUGAUAUUGUUUCAUCCUUUACCUGUCAGUGUUACAUGGUUAGUUAAAGCAAAUAAAGUUAUCAUACCGCUUCGUUGUUUGCUACUACUCAUUGAAGGCAUCUCCCUGGUGAAAGGAGCCAAAGAAUCUGGACAGAUGACAAGGAGAACUAAAAAGAAUGGUGGAGGAGCCCUGGCUUAAAAAAAAAAAAUGGUGGGGCUUUGACUCGCUUUUGCUUUAGCAUUUGUAUUGGAUAUAUCAAUACGAGUAUCUCAUGUCGAAAGGCACCAUAUGGAACCUUCUAACAUGUCUGCUACGUGGCCGACCCACCCAUCUGCCCAAGAUUCUACUGUUCAUGCCCUUUUGCUGUAUUAAUGAAAUUUAUUUCUCUUGUGAAAUUCACUCU